AUGGACAUCAACACGCUUGAUGUGGACGUGCCAAGAAAUAUCGAGAGGGUUACCCGCGGUUCCUGGCGGGAGAAGAAAGGCGACGCUCCGCAGCCGCCACCUCAGGCGACCAAGCCACCGCUGGCGACGAAGCCCGAUGUGGACGUGCCAAGAAAUAUCGAGAGGGUUACCCGCGGUUCCUGGCGGGAGAAGAAAGGCGACGCUCCGCAGCCGCCACCUCAGGCGACCAAGCCACCGCUGGCGACGAAGCCCGUGGCGCCCAAGCCGCCAGUACCGUCAAAGUCUUCUGUGAAUCGGGCCCAAAGCAUGCGGAUCGGACCGUCGAGUCCGAUUUCGCUGAGUCCGUCGCCGACCCCGGGUCCGGGAUCCUUGGACGACAAUACGUUGCAUGCUGCGCCGCCGUUGGCGCCGUGCCGCCAUGCGCCGCCGCCACCGGCGCGAAACGCGUCGGUGCCUACGGGAAUGAAUGCGUUGGGUCGGGCGACGAUCGGGCGGGCUGGUGGUGGAGUGGUGAAGCCACCGACGACGCCGCCGCCACCGCCGCCAACGAGAUUGGCGCCGGCUCCGCCACCACCACCGCCUCCGAAUAAGGCGCCACCGCCUCCGCCUUCUACUGCUCCACCACCACCGCCGCAUAGGACCGGAGUGGCCAUGAUGCAGCCGCCACCACCGCCGCCUCCUCCGCCGCCAAUGCCUGUCGGCACGCUGCGGAAGCCCCCGAGUCAACUACAUUCCCCGGCGACGAACGGACCCAUGUUGUCACCAACGAUGAAGCCACAGCCUUCACAGACAAGCCUCGGCUCAUGGGCAAAAGAUUCGCUAUUCAGCUCAACACAAUGA